AAAGAAAACCUUUAAUCUUUCACCAAUGCGUUUUCUCAACAGCCUGUUUGACCCAUUCCUCAUAUGACUCUUCUUUUUUGGUAUUUGUCAAGAAAUUAAGAAUAUCCUUCAAAAAAACACUCUGGAUCGUUGCAUAAGCCUGAAAAUGCCUCCCAUCCCCUGUUUUCUUCUGCAUCUUCACAAAGAAAGGAAUCAACCAUAGGGGAAAUACCCGAAUUUUUUGAUUCAUUACCUAGAUCCUUCAUAAAAGGGGAAGGAAUCACGAAUACCCUGAUUUAAAAAAAGAGCUAUCCGUUUUAGGCCAAUUCCUAAAAUUUUGGUACCAAAUGUUUGAAAAACCCUAGAUUUUGAAUUGGGGGAAGCUGAAGUUGAAACGAGUCAAGAAUUUGGAAGAUUCCCGUUUUACCCAGUUCCUUGAUUUCUCAAAAGAAGAAGAAAUCACGAUCGAUGCAAUAAUCCGGCCUAAUGUUGAAAGCCUAGUCCAAAGUUCUCAGAAUUCGAAAGCUGAAGAAGAAAAAAAGCAAGAAUAUUGGGUCAUAUCCAAAAUCAAGAAUGCUGCAAAAUCCUUUAUUUUAAACCCAAAAAAGGUUUUGGAUUUCCGUAGCUAUGGUUAUUAUGGAACCGCCUUUAUCAAGAUUGGUGCUUUUAAGUUUAUGCCUUUUGUUUACAAUCUUCACUGAUCUUGUUGAGUCACAAUCAUUUAAUAGAAGGCCAACACCUCCACCAUCUCGAUCACCAUUUUCUCAUCCUCCGCCUCCAUCACGAACACCACCAUAUUCACCAUUGCGGCCUCCGGCAGCGCCUUCUCGCCCUGGACCGCCUUCUGGCCCGGCAGCUCCUUCUCGCCCGGCAGCGCCUUCUCGCCCGGCAGCUCCUUCUCGCCCGGCAGCGCCUUCUCGCCCGGGAGCGCCUUCUCGCCCGGCAGCGCCUUUUAGUGCACAGCCGCGUCCAAUUAAUCAAAAGGAUAAAACCAAUUCCCAUAGGGCGCAGCCACAACCUCCUCCUCCACCACAUUCACGUGAUCACAAGGUCAAUAUAGGAAAAAAAAUUGGGCUUUUGUUCACUGGAAUUGUUAUCAUCUUGCAGGUUGGUGUUGUUGGGUUCCUGGUUUUCAAGAGAAGGCAGUUGUUGAAAGUCAAAGGCGCAUACGAGACUUGCUCUUCUUCUUCAUGAAAUUUCCGCCAAGUUUUUCAGUUACAUUUGCAUUUCAAUUCUUUUUAGGGAGUUCUUUGAUUGGAUUGAGAAAAUUCUUUGAUGAGCUGAGAAAAAUGAUUAUGUAUAUCACGGAUAUGGGUCCUUGCUGAGAUCCUCUGUAAAUGGGUGAUUGCUGAUUGAAAUUGUUUUUUUUAAUCUUGUUACUGUUUGUCUGUUGAUUCUUUCUGUGGGGUUCUUUAGUUUUGUCUACACGUCCUGUAAUUCAACUUAGAGGAAAAGCUUUUUAACUUCUGCCUCAACUUUUCUUUACCUUGUUUUAACUAUCUUGUUUGACACUGUAACAAUGUUAGGAAUCAUGGAAGGAAUAUAAUGAAUUUGUAAACAUUUUCUAUUGU